AUGGAGGCGGCCAUCCUGAUCCCCUCCGUGCUGGGCCCCCUGCUGCUGCCUCUCUUGGCCGUGUUGCUGAUGGCACUGUGUGUGCGCUGCCGAGAGCUGCCAGGCUCAUAUGACAGUGCUGCCACUGAUAGCUUGACCCCAAGCAGCAUCGUGAUCAAACGGCCUCCAACACUCGUCCCAUGGCCACCAGCCACUUCCUACCCGCCUGUUACCUCAUUUCCACCCCUGAGCCAGCCAGACCUGCUCCCCAUCCCGAGAUCCCCGCAGCCCCCCGGGGGCUCCCACCACAUGCCAUCUUCCCGGCAAGGCUCGGAUGGUGCCAACAGUGUGGCGAGCUAUGAGAAUGAGGAGCCGGUCUGUGAGGACGCGGAGGACGACGAGGAUGAGGAGGACUAUCACAACGAGGGCUACUUGGUUGUGCUUCCUGACCCUGCCCCAACCACCACCGCCAGCACCAUCGUCCCACCAGCUCCCGUGUCCAACAAGCCCGGCCUCCGGGACAGCGCCUUCUCCAUGGAGUCGGGUGAAGAUUAUGUGAACGUUCCUGAGAGUGAGGAGAGUGCAGAUGCGUCUCUGGAUGGGAGCCGGGAGUAUGUGAACGUGUCCCAGGAGCUGCAGCCCACGGCGAGGACUGAGCCUGCCACCCGGAAAGCCCAGCGCGUGGAGGAUGAGGAAGAGGGAGCUCCAGAUUAUGAGAAUCUGCAGGAGCUUAACUGAGGGCCUGUGUGAGGUGUGCCUGUCCUGGAACCAGCCUUGCCUGGGAGAGCUGAGCUGGGCAGCUGGCAGUGGCUCUGAGGGGCCCCACUUGGCACCCUGUCCUGCCUCCAGCCUGAUAACAGCCUGAGAAUUUCCCCCCUAACUUAUUGUCACUUUGGGGUCCAGUCUGUUUGCCCCCAACACUCUGCACCUUCUGACGCAGCCUGAGAAUGAACUCCCCUGGGCCCAGCCCUACUCGGUCAUAGAAUAAAGGCUGGUAUGGUCUGUAGUGCUUCUGGCUUCAGGGAGGCCCAGUGGGUUGGAGUCGGGCUGAGGGCGGGCUGUGCCUGAGGGUCGCGUGUGAGUGUCUGUGUGUGUGUGUGUGUGUGUGUGUGUGUCGGUGGGUCUCCGUCUUCCACAGAUACAUGUGCUCCCGCCAGUCCUGACAAGGUACUCCGUGAGUGACUGUGUGAACGAUGGCGGGGACACAUCACCUUCUGAACGAGACGAGUCCGACCCAGGCCGGCACUUCUGCGUCUCAGAUGCAUCUCCCCGUGAGACAGCCCACAGAGAUGGCAGACAAUGGCUGUGCCGAAGAGAGCGGGGCGUCGGGUAGCACUGGGCGCCCAGUGAAAGUCUAGAGCAAGACUGCUCCCCGCUGGCCCCCAGCUUCUCCAUCUUUAAAACAAGGGGGUGGACUUGACCUCAGAGGGCUUUCUUAAUUCUUACCUUUUAUGGUUCUCAAUAAAACAGAACUUAGAAAUUGUCUAAGCAACUCAAAAAGUCAGUGUGCAGGGCAGCACGGUUCAGACUUUGAUGUGUGGCUGACUCAGCUGAGGUCCUGCUCAAACGUGGCUUCUGAUUCAGUAGGUCUGGAGUGUGGCCUCAGAGUCUGCGUUUCUAAGGAGCUCCCAGGUGCUUCUGCUACUGCUGUGCGGAGAAGCACACUUGGAGUAGCAGCUUCUGGUGGAUACUCUGGUCACUGAUCGGCCCCGGUGUGGACAUGUGGCCUAACCUGGGUCAGUGAGGACCAGCCCUGCGACUUAGGCAGGAAGUGGUGAAAGGAGAAGCUCUUUCUGUUCAUGCAGUUGUUACGCUGGAAUAAUGUAGUCCCAGUGCCGCCACUUGGAGAGCCUGCCUGAGGAUGAAGCCAGCGUGGAGGAGAGAACGGCCCAUAGACGGACCAGGCCUGUCUCCUGGGGAUGUCACAACUCCCGGAUCCAGUCACACCUUAACCAGGACACCCCUUCAGACUUCCCAGUUACACCGGCCAAUAAAUUACCAGUUUUCUUCAA